CGAUAUAUACAACAAUGGCGCCCGCAAAGACACAAACAUGGACCGUCCUGGACAAGGAGAACGGCUUCGAUAGCCUUACCUUUGGUGAAGCGGACGUCCCCAAGGUCGGCGAGAAUGAGGUGUUGGUCAAGUUCUACGCGGCCUCGCUGAACUACCGUGAUCUGAUCAUUCCCCAGGGAAUGUACCCCUUCGCCCUCAACUUCCCGGUCGUCCCCGGUUCCGACGGUGCUGGUGAGGUCGUUGAAGUCGGACCCAAGGUCGCGCAAUUCAAGCAGGGUGACAAGGUGGCUACCCUGUUCAACCAAGGUCACCAGUACGGUCCCAUCGACAUUCCCGCUGCCCAGACCGGUCUCGGUGGUGUCAUUGACGGUACUCUGCGCCAAUACGGUGUUUUCAACGAGAACGGCCUCGUCAAGACCCCCAAGAACCUCAACUACCUCGAGUCGAGCACUCUUAGCUGUGCCGCUCUUACCAGCUGGAACGCUCUGUACGGUCUGAAGCCAUUGAAGCCGGGUGAGACUGUUCUGGUGCAGGGAACUGGUGGUGUUAGCAUGUUCGCAUUGCAGUUCGCUAAAGCCGCCGGUGCGACCGUCAUUGCCACUACCUCUUCUGAAGCGAAGGCCCAGAAGCUGAAGCAGCUCGGUGCCGACCACAUUAUCAACUACAAGUCCGACCCCAACUGGGGCGAAACGGCCCGCAAGUUCACUCCCGACAGCGCGGGUGUUGACUACAUUAUCGAGGUUGGCGGUACUGGCACCCUUGCCCAGAGUUUCAAGGCCAUCAAGUUCGAGGGUGUGAUCAGCAUCAUCGGUUUCCUUGGUGGUGUUAACCCCCAGGGCCAGCCCAGCAUCCUUGACUCGUUGAGCCACAUCUGUACCGUGCGGGGUGUCUACAUUGGCAGCAAGGCCUUGAUGAACGACAUGGUCAAGGCCAUUGAGGCCAAUGAUAUUCGCCCGGUGGUUGACGAGAAGGUCUUCACUUUGGAGCAGGCCCGUGAGGCUUAUGAGUACAUGUGGGCUCAAAAGCACUUUGGCAAGUUGGCCAUCAAGAUCAACUAAAUAGCUUGCGAUGAAUUAAUGCCAUGAGUAUAUAGUUACGAAUAAUAAGCAU